GGCACUGCCGUUGCCAAUGCCUCUCUUCUUUUUCUUGAGCGCUUUGGAACAGGGACCGACAGUACCGUGUAUCGCGCCAUCGACAGUUUCAGCUGCUCCCCUCAGAUAUGUGCUGUCAGGUGCUCGCCCAAGUCUGAGCCUUACGCUUUGCAAAGUGCUCGAAGACGUGGCGCCUUUCUCCAUAGGGAAGCAUCAAUGGCACACCCUCACAUCAUCCGUUUCCGUCGCUUGGUACAGGAGGAUUCGCGCAUCUUUUUGCUCAUGGAUUUCUGUCCCUCCGGUAAUCUGCAUGACGCCAUUCAAAGACGGGUCUUUGAAGGGGACAACGGCAAGGUGAAGGUGGCUUUCGCCCCGCUUCUUGAUGCUCUCGAGGAAUGCCAUCGAUUAGGCAUCUAUCAUCAGAACAUCAAGCUGAGCAAUAUUCUUUGCUCGGAGGAUGGCUCGCAUCUGUGGCUUUCGGGAUUUACCUAUGCUACAACGGACGAAACAAGUCCAAACUAUAGGUAUCUUUCUGGUCCUCAUGUUAGUCCAGAAUCUCUUCAGCGUGUCCCAUAUUCUGUUGCAAGGGGAUUCUCGACCGCAAAGAACGAUAUCUGGGCGCUAGGGAUAAUCCUACUGGGCAUCCUGACUGGAAGCUACCCUUGGACACUUGCCGAUUGCCAGGUCGAGUCCUUCAGAAAGUAU